UUUUGAAGCACGGUUGGAAGUAAAUCUUUACUUAUUAAUAAAGAAAAAUGGCCAGUGUUCAAUCUUCCGAUUCUUUCGAUAUAAAUAGUGAUAAUUACACUGUGGUGAAACUAGAUAAUGGGGAAUUGCUGCAAUCUGAAGAUGGCAAUAUUUUCGUUCAAAAUCGUUUUACUGGAAACCUUUGUACAAUCAAACCCACAAAUAUUGUGUUGAAUGAAUUUAACAUUACCCUGUCGGAGAAAGAGGAUACUGACGAUAUAGAGCAAUGCCAAUCUGCACCAUCUUUAGCCAUUGACCACGUAGAACCCGUUGCAUCAUUAUCCACCAACCCGAACAAUCAACCAUGUGAUGGAAAUGUCCCAAAUAAAAGAGGAAAAUGGUCCAAAAAUGCAAUUUUAAUGCUGAUAAAUUUAAGAAUUGAACAUAAUACUGAUUUUACUUCCACCACACAGAAAAAUGAUGUUACAUGGAAACUAAUAUCAAAUAAAAUGAAAGCAAAUGGUUUUGAAAUGACACCCACGCAAUGCAAUGAUAAGUGGCGCUAUUUGAAAGGAAAGUAUACGGCAGCGAAAGACAAUCGGGGAGACAAAGGAUCUGGACAAGAACCAGUUGAUUUUCCAUAUUAUCAAAUAAUGGACGAGUUUCUUGGAAAAAAACACAAUAUAAAACCUAUUGCGGUUGCCUCUUCAAUAAGAGGAGACACAGUGCCAAAUGAAAAUGCAGCAGGUUCCACGGAUGCAUUGCAAGAAGAUGGCGAUCAGGAUGUUUCAAAUGAAGCAUCCUUGGAGGCACCAAGGAAAAAAAUGAAGAUGGAAAUUGUCCCAAGAGUAAAGCAGAAUAAAACUGGACUUUGUUCUGUUUGGGAUGAGAUGAAAAAUUCUCGAGGAGCAAGGGAACAAAGUAAAGAACGCAGGCAUCAAGAGUUAUUAAAUGUUAGAAAUCGAGCAAUUGAUGUUUUUUCCGAAAAAAUGGACCAAUUUAUUGAAAAAUGUACUAAAUAAUUCAGUUGACUGGUAGGUCUCAGUUUGAUACAUUGUAUUUGUAUUGUAUUGUACUUGUUCAUGGAGUAUUUUGCUCACAUUCCUAAACUACGGAAGCUUUGAAAGAUCAAAAUUCAGAAG